CUCCCGCCGCAAGAGAAGUGAACGCGCUCGAGAGGCUGCGGUCCCAUUGACGGUUCCGUCUCCCUGACAGCAGCAGCAGCAUCAGUAUCAGCGGCGGCGCUGGAAAACAAGAAGUCGCCGCCUCGCCCCGCAGCAACACAGCCACACAGCCAGACCAACGGACCGAGCGGAGACCUGAGCCGCCUCCAGGGGACCCCCCCCUCUCUGCCAGGCCUGAAGGAAGGAACCGAGAUCCCGCUCCCGUGUGCCAUCAUCCCGCACGACCGCCGGAGACAUGGGCUCCCCGUAAAGCGGAGGUGGUGGAGGGGAGAGGCGGGCGGGCGGGCGGUGGGAGGGGGGUGGGGGGAGAAGACAGCGGAGCAGCAAGAGGGAGAAAGCGAGCCUGAAAACGGCCACCGGGAACCGAAGCGCUACCACCACCGCUUCUCCUACUACCACAGCCAGCACCGCCGCCGCCGCCCUGGGUGCCCCCCGCCACCGCCAUGGGAACUCCGCAUCAGUCUCUCCAACCGCCGCUUUGUCCGUGGGCCAUGUCGUGAUCCGUGGGCUCCGCCAGCGGGUUUUCUAUCCGUGAUCCCGACCGAGGCGAGGAGGAGGAGGAGUAGGAAGACGAGGAGGAGUAGGAGGGAGGGAAGGAGAGACGGUGGUGGUGCUGGGGAAGAUGUUCGCCUCGGUGGGCCCUCGGGGCGGCCCGCGCCCACCCGUAGCCCCGGCUAUCCCGGAGCCGGACCUGAGCCAUCUAACGGAGGAUGAGAGGAAGAUCAUCAUGGCUGUGCUCGCUCGGCAGCGGGAGGAGGAGGCGAAGGAGGAGGCCAUGUUAAAAGAAGAGCAGCCUAUCCAAGCAAGAACAGUGAACCUGGUUGGGCAGAAGAAACCACAGCAGCAAAAUGACGUCCGAGGUAUCCAGCAGCAGUUGUCCAGCUACAGGGAAACGGUGAUCCGGCAGGCCACUGUGGCGGCAGGCUCGGCUGUUCACCGGGACGACGCGCCAACCUGCGGCAUCUGCCACAAGACCAAAUUCGCAGAUGGCUGUGGGAACCUGUGCUCGUACUGCCAGACCAAGUUCUGCGCCCGCUGUGGUGGGCGAGUGUCACUGCGCUCCAACACGGAGGACAAAGUGGUGAUCUGGGUGUGUAAUAACUGCCGGAAGCAGCAGGAGAUCCUGACAAAGCCAGGCGAGUGGUUCACCGGUCAGGCUGGGAAACCCGCUGGCCUCGGUUCAGCCGUCAGCGAGCCGUCUGUGUGCCAAACGCUUGGGGACAAGAAGCUCCGCUCUCGCUCCCAAGCACCCCCGGGCUCCACCACCGCGAUCCAAGACCCCAACCGACCGGGCGCACCUGGGACCACAGCUGGCACCGAUGCUCGGUCACGUAGCGAACCGCCACGAGACACGAGAAAUGGAAGGGGAGGAGGAGGAGCUGGUCGCGGAGAGCGCCGGCCAGGUCAGGCAAGGCUGCAGACCCAGGUCUCCAUGGACCGGGACAUGCGGGGGGAGUCCAGGGAGCGCAGGGAAAGCCGGCGGCUGACAAAGGGACGCUCUCUGGAGCAUGAUCCUGUGGGGGGAAACGGUGGAGUAAGACGGACAGAAGAGGGGGGUUACCACCACAUGGACCACAGCGGCGUCUCCCCUCGCCAAGCAGGGCCGGUCCCUCCUGGAGGCCGGGGCCACCCUGGGCCUGUGCAGGGUCGUGGCACGGGCAUAGUAGGGGAUGUUGGGGAUAGCGUGCGGCCUGGUCAAAGGACGUUGGGCGGGGUUGGUGGGCCACAUGAACACAGCCUUGCUCAGCAGCCCCCUCCCCCUGAACUCAGAGAGCCUGGGGGUUCGGGCCCUAGCUCGAACCCCGGCCAGGGACCUGUAGUGAGACGGACGAAACGGGAGAAGGCUGAGACCAUGCUGCGCAAUGAUUCGCUCAGCUCUGACCAAUCGGAAUCUCUGCGUCCACCACCGCCAAGGCCCUACAAGUUGAAACGGGGGCUGGGUGCCGGAGUGAAGAGGCAAACCAGUGUCAGCAGUUCAGAGGAGGAGGGAGGGACCACGCCCGAGUACAGCAGCUGUGAGGACGCUGAGAUCGAAAGUGUCAGCGAGAGAGGUGACUGGGAGUGCUACCCCCAUGACCCCACUGUAUGGCAUCAUCCUGUAACCUGGCAGCCGUCCAAGGAGGGAGACCAUCUGAUCGGAAGAAUCACCCUCAGCAAAAGGAGCGCCACCAUGCCUAAAGAAGCUGGAGCACUGCUGGGGUUAAAGGUGGUGGGAGGCAGAAUAACAGAGUCAGGGAGAUUAGGUGCCUUCAUCACUAAAGUCAAGAAGGGAAGCCUUGCUGACGUGGUGGGACAUCUCAGAGCAGGGGAUGAAGUUUUGCAGUGGAACGGGAAGCUGUUACCGGGGGCAACCAUGAAGGAAGUUUACAACAUCAUCCUGGAAUCUCAAGCUGAGCCUCAAGUGGAGCUGGUGGUAUCCAGGCCUAUUGGGGUGUAUAGAAAAUAUCAUGAUAUCCCAAGAAUCCCCGACACAUCCCACCCUCCAUUAGAAUCUACAGGUUCCAGUUCUUUUGAGUCCCAGAAGAUGGAGAGACCAUCCUUAAAUGUCCUGUCUCCCUCCAGUCCAGGGAUGCUCCGAGAUGCUCCACAGUUAAUGCCAGGGAAACUCUCAGUGAAGCUGUGGUAUGACAAAGUGGGUCAUCAGCUAAUAGUCAACGUGAUGCAGGCAGCAGAGCUUCCUCCUCGGCCUGACGGCCGGCCCAGGAGCCCCUAUGUCAAAAUGUACUUCCUCCCUGACCGCAGUGACAAGAGCAAGCGAAGGACAAAAACUAUGAAGAAGACCUGUGAGCCCAAGUGGAACCAGACGUUUGUCUACUCUCAUGUCCAUCGCAGGGAUUUCCGCAACCACAUGCUGGAGCUGACUAUAUGGGACCAACCCAGGUCACCGGAGGAGGACAGCACCUUUAUGGGAGAGAUCCUGAUAGAGCUGGAGACGGCCUUACUGGACGACAAACCUCACUCGUAUCCACUCCAAACCCAUGAUGUCUCAUCCAUACCGCUGCCCCGACCCUCCCCGUACCUGCCCCGACGACACACGGAACCACCUGGCAAGAAGCUGCAGCGUUCUCAGCGUUUAACAGAGCCUGAAUUUGAUGAAGGUACAACAGUAGUGUCGAAAGCAGCGGAUGGGCGUGGCAGGGAGAGGCAGCGAGAGUCCACGUCUACCCUGGAGGUGCCAGACCAGCAAAGGACGCCCUCCCAUCACAUACGAUCCCGCUCGGUCUCCCCACACCGCGAGGAGCAGGGACGGAUCCGCUCACGGCCACCCAAUGUUCCCGCCCAGAGGAGUCUGGACAACGAGUUUCCUCACACUCGUCGUUCCCGUUCUCCGACCCGUUACUAUGACGCUGCCAGAGGCCGCCACCAUGAGCAGGAGUACCCGGAUGACAGCAGCGAGGUCAUCAUGAUCCACCAGUCAUUGAGAGGCAAAAGUGCCGAGUGCCUCCACACCAGGAGAUCUACUAGGCACAAUAACACACUUCCACCUAGGAUGCCCCUUUUGUUCAACGCUGUCCCCGAACAUACAACCAGUGAUCUGCAGCCUUCUCUGGACAGGGUUAGGAGCGCUAGCGCCAACUGUUUGACUCCAGACAAUCAUGCCCCCUCACCAGAGACUGAAAGAAAAUCUUUGUCCCAUUCCCUGCCCCGGAGACGUCCGGCAAGUCCCAGGAUUCUUAUCCAACAUGCUUCCCCUGAAGAUGACAGAAUAUGGAUGCCACUUCCUACUCAAGAGACUUUAAUUCACAUCAGUACAAAGAAGAGGCAGCCUCGGACCUUGGAGAUACCUGUGUGUCAGGCUCUUGGCAGGAAGCUCCCUGACAGUGGCAGGGGCCACCUCCAAGGUGGUGCGUCUCUGUCCUCCUCAGCCCGCAGAUCGAGGCAACUCCCGCAGCUUCCGCCCCAGAGCAGCACCGUAGAACAAGCCCUGGUAGCAGAGGAGUGUGUUCGUCAGCUCCAGAUGAGGGUUCAUUCCAACCGGGCGUCAGCUGCUGCCCCCACCUCCAGCCAGCAGGACUUGGACGGAGCCCUCAAGAACAAACGGGAGCUCUACAAGGACCAGAGGAGGAGCAGUGAGAACAUGUCCCAUAAGUCCUCAGACAGUGAUGUCAGCGACGUGUCAGCCAUCUCUCGAACCAGCAGUGCCUCUCGCAUUAGUAGCACCAGCUACAUGUCCAUCCAAUCAGAGAGACCCCGGGGACGCUUCAGCAGGGCCAUGCGCGCAACAGGCCGCCAUAUGAUGAAGAGCACCAGCGUGAGCGGUGAGAUCUACGGCAUGGAGCACACCGACGGCAGCCAAUCAGACACAGCACUCGGGAGCCUGGGAAGCGGGAUCAAGAAGCGACGCUCGAGCCUCAGCCAACGUGUUGUUGCCAUCCUGCCAUCCAGACGCAGCCGGAGUACCUCACAACUCAGCCAGACAGAGGCGGCGGGUAAGGCGGCGGACAGACAGAAAGCGGCUUCAGCAGGUAAGAAGGUGGGCAAAGGUGUCAGCAGCAUCCAGAGGAGCGUGGAGACGGGCAUGGCUGUGGAAUACCCACGGGGAGGGUCGGGCAUGAACCGGCAGGCAAGCAGAGAGUCGACUGAUGGCAGCAUGAACAGCUACAGCUCUGAGGGGAAUCUGAUCUUCUCAGGUAUGCGGUUGGGUGCCGACAGUCAGUUCAGUGACUUCCUGGACGGUUUAGGCCCCGGUCAGCUGGUUGGCCGGCAAACCCUGGCCACACCUGCCAUGGGUGAUGUUCAGAUCGGUUUGAUGGAUAAGAAAGGUCAGCUGGAGGUGGAGGUGAUCAGGGCACGAGGCCUUACCCCCAAACCAGGCUCCAAAUCCCUCCCAGCUCCUUAUGUCAAGGUGUACCUGCUGGAUCAUGGAAGUUGUAAAGCCAAAAAGAAAACCAAGAUUGCACGGAAGACGCUAGAGCCGCUCUACCAGCAGCACCUGCUCUUUGAGGAGAGUCCCCAGGGCAAGGUGCUUCAGGUGAUAGUAUGGGGCGACUAUGGACGAUUGGAUCACAAAUGUUUCAUGGGUGUAGCACAGAUCUUGUUGGAGGAGCUGGACCUGUCAAGUACGGUGAUUGGCUGGUACAGACUGUUUCCGCCGUCCUCAUUGGUGGACCCUACGUUAGCUCCGCUCACGCGGCUGGCGUCUCAGACAUCAUUGGACAGCUCAGGACUGCCACCGGGCGUACGGUCCUAGUGACCGAGUGGCGAGCGCAAUACCUUCCCACAAAAUAUCCCUUAAAGUGACAAAACAAUGGCCCACAGCUGCGGACCAGAACUGAGCCGAGGGCAAGAACACGACCCCCGAAGACGACAACGACAAAGCCCUCUUGGUCAACCAAUGAAAAGCCAGAUAUAGCAACAGGGAAUUAGAGAGAGAGAGAGAGAGAGAGAGAGAGAGAGGAAGAUACCGAACUAGCCAAUCAAAGCUUAGCUGGAGUCUGACAAUCACGUUUCACACCUUCCCACUUCCUCCUCCGUAUGCCUUUCUGUCUGCAAAGCUUUGCUGACUUUGUUUUCUCCUCUGGGCUCAGCUACAGCGAAGCUUUCUGUCCAACAUUCUUCACUUCUCGCUACUGUCUUUCUUUUCUCCUUCUUUCCUUGUGCAGCCCUUUAUCAGACCACCCGAUCAAAUUGGAAAGUCCUCCACCUUAGUAUCCCUCUGGCCAAUCAGAGUAGAGCUUGCUGCCAGGCCACGGGGGAUGAGCGGGUGAACAAUGUGCGGGAGUUAGUAAGUUACCCGGAGUUAACAAGUAGCAAACCCUUCAUUCGGCUGUACCGUCACGUAGAGCACGGCACAUUCUUAGCCUUGUCGUGACAUGAGAAAGCAAGCACAAGGUAAACUUGACUCCUUUAUUGGGACAGAAUACAAAAACGUUUUGUGCUUCAGGGAAACACGGAGGAAAGAAAAUAGAGGCCGAAUUUCCUUUAUUUAUUUUUAAAUUUUUACAUUUGGAAUCAUUUUUUCUGUCUUUGUUUAGAGUUCAGAAUGGUACCAUAAGGUGCAGACUCCCUAUGUGAAUGAUUUUUUGCUUUAUUUCGAGCGAUGAUGCGCCAACGGCCGACAAUAAAGGCCAGGUCCCAUUUGCCCGAACACCCUUUGCCCAACCCUCACCCCCACCCCCCAGCCUCCCACCCUCCGGUUUCCUCCCCUUCCUGAUCCUUCAAACUCCCCCUGUAGGAGGGAGCAGCAUGACUCUGGGACGCCCCGGCCCCAGGCUGCAUGCACUCUUCUUUUGUUCUGUUUGUUUCGUUACUUUUUGUUUUGUUCUCUACUUUUUUUGUAAAAUAGAAGACGAGACAAAAAUUUACGAACAAUUCUCAAAAAAAACUAAAACAGAAAAAAAGACUAGACUAUGUGUGUUAGUCCCACAUACUUUUAGGCCAGCUUGUAUGUUGCAUGUUCUUGUACAGUUUGCUCGUACUGAAUAUGAAUACAAUCCGAGAAAAGCCAAGCCAUCCCCCGCCCCCUAUUAGGAGCGGACCAAUGGUGUGGGGGGAUCAAAAUCCGCCCAGGCCACGCCUUCCACUCUGGGUCUAAAUAUCCAUAGUAGGAAUUCUCCAGAUUUUUUUUUUUCUUAGUUUCAGUUUUUGCUCAAAACCCUUUGAACAACAGUGCUGUUCUGUAGUACUGAGCAUACUCGAGUCCCUGGCGUAUCUGAGGGUGUAGCUGUCUAAACUGUAGUCUAACACAGUCGGGGCUAGAGACAGAGAUAGAGAAUGUGUGUAUAACAGCUAAAUGUAUAUAACCUAUAAUUAUGAGUUUGACAGAAGUUAUAAAGAUAUAGAUAAAUUAAUAUAAAAAAGAGUUUCUGACACCCGUCACCGACACACACGCACACACACACACACUCACAGACAUGCACGCACCUUGUACAUACAAACCAGGAUGAGGCUUGAACUUAAGUCCUAAACAGACAGUAACAUGGCUGACACACAAACAUUCCUGGUCUUGUUGAAGGGAAUUUGCGUCCUGUGGACAUGCUCGAGCCGCUGAGCAGCUUUGAGCCACAAGGAGGCGCUAAUAGGCCUUUAUUUUUGUCCCAGAAAAUCAUGCAGAACCAAUUGGAACAAAGUUUAUUUUCUUCUCCUUAAAUCCCCUUUCCCUCUGUUUAUUAGUAUUGGUUUGGACUGGACUUCUAAAGCCAAUAAGAAUCUGAUUUUGCAGACAUGUUUUGCGGAUGUUUCUGUUGAAACCCUUGGCGGUGUGGCCGACUGCCCUUUCCUUUGUCAGUAUUACUCCAGGAAUACUGAUUGUUUACAGCCCAUGGCUCCCCACUCCCAAACCACGAUUUUAGAUGAAAGACUAAGUAUUCACUGCAGUUCUUGUUUGUAUAACAGAUGUGGCUCUACUGAUGUGUAUGUUUUAUAUUCAAGAGUUCAUUUUUAUUAUUUACAAAUAAAAGACUGUGGAAGAAGA